GAGUGCCCAUGUGGUGUCCCAAAAAGCAUCUGGCGAUUUAGGACUUCCAUAGCAAGGUCAUAUAUGAGAUCGGCUGUUAAUUGUUAUGUAUUCAAGCCACGGAUGCUAACGUAGUUGACGUAGUUAGCGAAUUGUAUAAAAAAUCCUUUUUCAUAUCAGUAGCGCACGGUCACCAGUCGAUCAACGGAGACCACCGUAAAUGUACGUUAAUUAACAUGAACAACCACAAGCCGGCGGUAAAUUUACCGGUAAUGCUGACAGUCAAGUUUUGUUCGCGAUCUGUUUGAACUCUGUUUACCGAUCGCCUGAAUUCGCUGCGUUGAAGAUGGAUCGUCUACCGGUAGAGAUUCUCCUGUCCAUCAUCCAGGAAAUUCCCAACGCACGAGACCGACUGAAUCUAGUCCAGACAUGUCGGCGCUGGCGUGCCUUAUUCCUGAGAAUUGCUUUCUGCUCGAUCCGCCUCGAAUGGCUUCAGCUUCGGCGUCUGGCCGUGGCGGCCCUUGCCAACCCGGUCAUCAGGUCCUCCAUCCGCAAUAUUUCGAUGGAGAUCGCCGCAAGGGAAGGUUCACCGAGCGCAUUAGGCUCGGCAGUUCAGAACUUGAUAGAUCUCAUCAGCGAGUCGCCCGUAGAAUAUGAUGCAUGGCAAAAAGCGCUCUCCAAAAACCAGGGUGAAACGUGGAUUGCUCUUCUAAUGGCUAUUCUCCCUAACCUAACUGCACUUUCAGCGCAACAUGGCCACCCCGCAGGCUGGAUCACCCGGAUUGUUGCGAAGGCUGCGUGGAAGCAAUUGCCUUUCGAUCCCAGCACUCUCCCGGCCUUGCAGCGAUUAGAAAAGCUCGACCUUACCUGGCGUGGUCUUUCCACAGUUCUGGGCCACCGCGAAUACCUCCCCUUGUUCCACUUGCCUUCCCUUCGCACUUUGCGACUGGGGCCAGUACAGGAGCUUCACUCCCCCUACAAUGCAGCGGACCACCCCGCCUUCCUUCCAGUCCCAGGUACGUCGCCGGUCGAGGACUUAGUCAUGGACUUCGUUUGCAACGGAAGGCAUGGGAUGGCCGAUUUCAUUACCUCCUGUGCCAACCUUAAGCACUUUGUAUACCAGCAUACGAACAACAUUACCUGGGUUUCCCGACAGGACGAGGAGGAUUUGGCGGGUGUAGACGCUAGCUUUCGGCCUUGGUGCUUCCAUGAGGCGCUCCAAACACAGAAGCACAGCCUGGAAGUUCUCCACCUGAAUGACCUGGGGGAGGCUUCCACCCCUCGGCGAAGUCAUCUGUAUAGAGAAGCUGUCGAUACCAUCUCGCAUGAUCGGUGGUUCGGGUCGCUGGUGGACUUUCGCAAGCUGUGGCAUCUACGCAUUCGCGUCAGCAACCUUAUCAAUUUCCACCCCAAAGAGACAGAGGAUAUGAUCCCGCUAGGAGAUAUUCUGCCUAAGAGCUUGAGAGUUUUACAUCUAGCUGACUGCAACGAGGACCACUGUACUGUAUUGGUCACCCACCUCGAGGAUCUUCUUGAUCGGCGAGAGGAACAGUUUCCAAAUCUACACUCCUUACUCGUCUCUCCUGAACGGGAGGAACCACACGGAACGAGAAUUUGCAUUAAGGAGUCCUUCAGGAAGCAAUGGACGACCCUCGGGGCAAUGUGUGACCGGGUUGGUGUUCGGUUCUCUCUUGGGAUUGGGGAAAAGAUGGCAACAAAUGUAAAGCAUUGGUCUCCGGGAAGAGUUGUAGACGAGGCUUCGUUGAGUUGAUUCGACAUAUACCCUAGAUGGACCGGCAAUAGCCUCACCGAUAUUCCAUGCAGCCUAUACGUCUCUCCCAUCAUCUCGUACUCCCGUCCACCAUGCCCGGAUUUCUUGAUACCACGUCCAGCUUUCUACAGCACCGGCCCCGGCAAGAACAGCAAUGAGGACUGUUUUGCCCAUCUGAGUCUUGAAGCUGAGAUCAUACUUCCAGUAGUCCUCUCUCCUAUCGUUCGGUUGUUUCUUUUUAUGGGUGUGGUCUUGGUUUUGUAGAACGGUCCGCGUGGAGAAUGAUGCUGUGGCCCAAGGCGGGUGGCUAUGAAUGAUGCCAUGGAAGGGCUUGACACGUAACAAGGCCAUGUCGUUCGCACUCGAUGAUUCUGUAGGAUAGCU